UGUCAAAAAAAUCCAAACACGAGUCUCACAUAUGAAGCAGAUCAACUAGAUUCAGUUUUAUUGCUUGCGUUUAUUGUGUUAAACGCUCUGUAAUGGCUAGGAAGACUAAGAAAGAGGAAUACUACCGUUUCUUCACCGUUACAGAGCCACGCACACACGAGAAAGGACAUACGGAAUAUAAAGUAACAGCAAGGUUUGUAUCAAAGAAGAGACCAGAGGAUGUGAAAGAAGUAGUGGUAUGGAGAAGAUACACUGAGUUGAAGAAGCUGCAUGGAGAGCUGGCUUACACUCAUAGGAACUUAUUUCGAAGACAGGAAGAGUUUCCUCCCUUUCCCCGAGCACAGCUCUUUGGUCGGUUUGAUGAGACAGUGAUUGAGGAGAGGAGGAAGGCAGCCGAAGCCAUGCUGCUCUUCUGUACAAACAUUCCUGCAUUGUACAACAGUCCUCAGCUCAAAGAAUUCUUCAGGGGAGGAGAGGUGAGAAGACCAUUAGACCCAUGCAUCUCUUCUACACCUCUGCCUCCCCCACUUAUCCCUUUACCAAAGGGGGCCACUGGCCUGGGAGCUGAAGAGGAGACAGGGACAGAGGCUCCGAUCCUGACCCAGGAACUGGAGUCUACGUUGGUUGAAAAGGAGCUUGGCGAGCCUGAGAUGGCGGUGGAGGCUCUCAGUAACAUUGAGAUAAGUCCAGUACAAGAGAGACUUGAAGAGAAAGAGGAAGUAGAAGUGGAUUUCAGCACAGACCAACCAACCACAGUUCCCAGCCUCGAGCCUCCUGGAUCUCCAGUUGAUCAAUCAGAGGAGUUUGAUUCACUCUUUGACUGUGUAUUGGAGGAGCCUGUGGAUGGUGCACAGCCCCUUCUCUCAGACAACGACCUAGCCAUCUUUGAUCCAUGUGCUAAAGAAGAACAGGGCUGUGGACCUCCUGAUAAUUCUGAGCUCCUAUCCCUCAAACUGACCACUCGGGAUAGUCCAGUGUGUGGUGAGGAAGCCGACUAUGUGCUCCAGGGAACCAGUGAGAUGACUGCAGCCCAGGAGAGUGAGGAAGCAGGAGACCACAGCACAGCAGUAAAGCGAUACAGAACAGCAGUGGAAAUCCUCAUGAAAGGACUGCAAGUUAGCUGCAAAUUUCUCAACUACAAGUCAGCUCUCUCAAGACACAUGAAACCAGCCAACUCCUCCUCAUGCUGCAUCACAGGGCUGUGUAACGCACUCAGGCCACAUCCACACUAAUAUGUUUUAGUUUUAAAACGGCAUUUUAAAACAAUCUUUCUCCAUCCGAAUGUUUUAGCUCCAUAUAAAAAAAAAAAUCAAAAGUAAUCUCUGUCCAUACUAACACAUUUGAAAAUGCAUAUCACAUGAUCACUCAUACACUGGACAAGCCUGUGCUGUUAUAAACAGCUGGUACUGUUUGUUUUCUUCCAGAAAAAGGUCAUGUGACAAAUCAGGGAAGAAUACAUCAUGACCGAUAAGAGUCAAGUUUAUUUGUAUAGCGCUUUUAACAAUAGACAUUGUCGCAAAGCAGCUUUACAGAAUUUUAAUGACUUUAAACAUGAGCUAAUUUUAUCCCUAAUCUAUCCCCAAUGAGCAAGCCUGUGGCGACGGUGGCAAGGAAAAACUCCCUCAGACGACAUGAGGAAGAAACCUCGAGAGGAACCAGACUCAAAAGGGAACCCAUCCUCAUUUUGGCAACAACAGACAGCAUGACUAUAAUAUUAACAGUUUUAACAUGAAGUCAGUUUCGUUGAUGUUAUAAACUCAUUGAUGGAAACUUGAGUGCAAAACUGUUCAUGACAACUGCAGUCCUAAAGUUAGCAAGUCAACUGUAGUCCUCAACCAUAAAAACAUUACCAGAGUGCAGGGCUUUGAACCGGUUCAAGGAACGAAAACCGGGAACUUUUUCUAUUUCACAUGGAACAGAAACGAAACCAGAAACUUUAUUAUUUUUUAUGUUCCGGAACAGAAACGCUUAUUAAAAAUAAUGAUAACCAGUUAAUACCGGUUUUUAUUUCGUUCCUCAAAGUUUCCGUAGCCUACAAAUAAAAAAGCCAUUCUUCUCCUGCGCAAGUUUCUAUGACCCGCUGGGGUUCACUUCCUGUGUGACGUUCGCUGACUGAAUGGAGAGAGCGGGAAGGUGAACUACUAUCACGUCUCCACGUGAUAAUAAGUGAGUAAGUGCAUUACUGAGUGUCUGAGCAAAGAAGAGCCUGAACGUUGCAACCUCCCUAUUGGCUGUUUGUAAAAAUGUAUCAGUUGUUGCCCUUCCCACGGGAAUCAUCGCGGGCUCGAGAGACGAGACCUGACGAGUUAGUUCGUUGGUAGCAGAACAAAAUGUCUGGACACAAAUCGGGUUUUCAGAAAAGGAAAGAAAAUAAACGGAGGGUUGAAAAUACAAAAAAGGAGGCAGAAAAUGUAAAACGAGUUUUAAGGUAGGACAAAUGGUUACUUUUUAAGGCAGCCCGCCGUGGCUGCAGGCUUUCAGUUGUGUCAUUGAAUGGUUACUUUUCUGAGGCAGCCCGCCGUGGCUGCCUGCAGGCUUAUUUAUUAUAGCCCAUUUAGUUAAAAUAGUUGAUAUAAAAUUUUAUAGUUAUAGUUAUGUGAUGGUUGUCCUGAUUUAGACUG